AUGUCAGAAAUAGGCGUUCUCACUGACGUCAUUGAUGAGAUUCAUGAAGCAGAAAGGCUGUUGAAUCCAGGGGAUAUUCCAGAUAGGGCCCUUUUUAAACACGUGAGGAUACUAUGGCAACUCCUUCUUGGAAUAGAUGAGACACGGUUUGAUUCACAUAACUACGAAGUUUUUGAACUUAAAUUUACAAAUGAUGGAAGGAGAUUUAUGGGACUUACUUAUCUUGGCUCAGACAGGAAUUUAGUGAACGAGAAUUUGGGAAAUGCGGUGGGCUUCGCAUCAAAAUCGUUAGAGAUAGUACAGCUGUUAGACGAAGAGGAUAGUGAUGAUGGCCAAGAAACAUCGGUAAGCUUCAAAUUAUCGUUACUGAACAAGAUCCGAUAUAUUUUGUUUGAACAUCAUAUGAUGGUUAGAGAGUUUUUCAAUGACGAUGAGGUCAAAUCUCACAUUGCGUCGUUCAUUCGUGAUGAUAUCCCUUAUAGUACCAACGAGUUGAGGGUAUCAAUGAACUCGAACAAUCACGUUUUGAACACCUGUUAUCAAGAAUGCCUUGAAUCUCUUCUACUUCAAAAAGAUUAUACGAUAGAUGAGGUAGCUAAAGGUGUGUUCCAGCUGUUCAAACACAAAGCCGGAGUUGCCUACUUUUUUGACUUCAACAUGGUAUCCAAGUUUCACAACCAGAUGAUUGCUCUUUUGAAGAGAUCUUUCCGUGGCCAUGAUUUUGUCAACGAAGAAAUCGAGGAUUUUUUUAGGCAUAAUCCUAUUCUUCCGGUUCUGAAACCAUUAUACAGAAACUUUGCGCUACAAGUUAUCAACAAUGAUAUGAAGGACAAACCAUCACAAAUUGAGAAAAAUGAUGAUAAGUUGAUAGUGAAGCUGAACAUCGAGUUGCUAAAGCAGAUCUUGCAUGAAGUGACACAAAAAAAUAACAGCGAGCUUGAAGACUGUCCCAUAACUAUGAAGUGGUUUCCCCAAAUCAUCCAGUAUUAUUCUGACUCAUUAAUGAGCGAAGGAGUCACGAAUGUUGAGAAUGAUCUUUACAUUACAAUGAUAAAGAAAGCCGCAAUACGGUGGAUCGAUAAUGAAAUAGACACUGGCUUGUUUGUUGCACAACUCAGCGAUUUGUCAUUGAUUCCAACAGCCAUGCCUUAUUUAUUUCAGGGAGUUCUGUUUCCUACAGUCCAUAUGCGAAUGGCACUAUACACGGUUAAAGAAAACAUUCGGUUAUAUGAAAAAUAUUUUGAUCUCUGGCAUGCUUGUACAAUACAAAAGACUUCUCUUGAAAUGAAAUUUGAUCAAUGGCUGAAUAUUGUUGCCAAAACUUACAUUGGGAAAUGGAGAACGAAGCUGACUUUGAAACAACAAAUAAAGAAAAUAGAUACGUAUCCAUUACGCAUGACCAGAUUGCGUGGUUUUUAUGAAACGUGGAAACUGAAAACGAUAUGCUUGAAGAAUAACGAGAAAGUUGCAGAACUCAAACGUUGUAAGAAGUAUUUUUUGUUAUGGCGAACAUCAACGAAGAGUUAUCAAAAGCAAUUGAACAUGGCACAAAAGUACAAUGAUAAAAUUUUGACUAAAAGGUUUUUAACUUUGUGGAUGGCCGCUAAAGUUUGUAGAUUUCCUGAAGUCCUGAACAAAUUUGCUGUGAUUCGAAGAUCAUUGUAUUUUAAAUUAUGGAUCUUAUUCCAAUCAGAAUUGAAACAUAAUGUUUCUAAAGCUGCUCAGUUUGAAAAAAGCCAUAUCUUUACUAGGUAUUUUCAGCUAUGGAAGACAAGGUCGGCAAGUUCGAUCAGCAGGUUGCAAGAUUUAAAGAGGGCUGAGUAUGAGUUCACACUGAAAAAGUCUUUUCAAAAAUGGAAAUUGCAGAUACAUUUCCUAGUUUUUGAAAGAGACUUUCAAGUCCACUCCAACGAGAUGUUACUACAACGCUAUUUUUCUCAGUGGAGGAACUUCAAGAAACUGGUAGAUAACGAAAACUUGGCCCUAAUUCGUUCUAAUUCAAAUAAAUUGCUAUCUUUUUUUAUUACUUGGAAGCGGGCGUUCAUUAUGAAUCAGCAAGCCACAAAAUACUAUGAAGAGAAAGUCACUCAAAGCAUGAUGAAGAAAUGGAAACUAGAAUAUUAUGAGAAAAUAGUGGAAAAGAAAUGCAGCUCUGUUUUCAUGAAAGGUCUUUGGAGGAAAUGGAUAUUGAAAACAACAAUUUCUCAGUACGAGAUGAGAAAGUAUGAUCUUUUAUUAAGGAACAACUUUUCAAGGUGGUUUGAAAAGUCUAUUACUUUGAAAAAAAGAUUAGAAAACUGCGAAAAAACCUAUCCUAUUCUUAAAACUGCCAGCUAUUUUGACUUCUGGAGAAAAGUUUGUUUGAAGAAUCGGAAAGAUGAGAAGUUUGCAGAUGACUUUAGGAGACGGAAAUUGGAAGAAAGUAAGAACCUUGUUAUGAAAUGGGCUUUCAGAGCUAUUGUUGCAAAGUACGAUAAGAUACAGAAAAGUAUUUUAGAUUUACACAGUUUUGAAAGUUUUUACAGAAAUCGUGAACUCAAGAAGUACUUUUCAAUGCUUAAAAUGAGAAAGAAAAGCCACGAUUUCCAUGUUGCAGAUGCUGACGACUUUUACAAGGUGAUUACCCUAACCAAUUACUAUAAUAUUUGGCUGUCUGAAUUUGAUCGGGUAUCUAAUUUACAAGAUGUGCUUAUCUCCAAGCAGGAUACCGAUAAUGUCCAUUUAUUGAUGCAGAUAUUAUCUAAACUGCAGCUCAAAAUGAUGAAAGUUCAAACCGAUUUGACCAAUGCAAAAAAGUUCAGCGACCGUUGGAACAAAAUCAAAACUAAGACGUUCUUUGAACUUUGGAAGCUGAAACAGAGUGCACGUAACUCACCAACGCCCACAGCUCGUGCUGGAGGUAAUCAAGGUGCUACUAAUAACGGGAACUCAGAUUUCAAGUUAAUUCCAGAGUUGAAUCCUUACAUUGAUCUAGCUCCUCGUGAUAGAGGUUCACCUGUGAACAGGCCUCCAUAUUUGUCGAGAAUGCAAUCUGUGCUGACUGGUGAUGUUUCACAAUACGAGAUUGAGCAACAAGUGGAUGGGAGAGACGAAAGUAAGGCGGAACCAACAUUGCUUUUCGGAUCUCUCAGUCAAACUCCUGCAAGGUUCCGCACUCCAUCAGUAAGGAAGACCAGCAGUAGGAUCUUGACAAAUUCAGCGUUAAAGAGUUCGCCUGAUACCAGUAGUAUAUUUACCUCUGCAGAACGUGUUCGGAAAAGAAAUUUAGAGGAGAGAGUGAGUAGAUAUAGGUUGCUGCGGUCUCCUCCGAAAACUGGACACUAUCAACUUGAAAGUGUUGAGGAAUCACUUCAUGAAGAACGUAUUUCUCAAGACAGUUCUAUAUUUGAUACGUCUUCUGAAAGUAUUGGAAGUAGUACCCCGAUCAAAAAGCUUGAUAUCAUUGAGCUGUAG